UGUCUGGCCCAACCCCUGCUGCCCGUUUGUACUUGGGGCGAGUGGUGAAGAACCAAGUCCUCAAAGUGGACAAAAGAAAGAAUUAGACUAGACUUGAGGCCUGAGAGCAGGAGAGCUAGGUAGAUAACAAUCUCAUGUUCUCAUUUUCUGAUUGUAGCUUUUCUGCACCAAAUUUGUAAUAAAUUUGAAUUGAUUGAGAACAUGAGCAUGGAAGCCUUAAUUCCAGUUAUUAACAAGCUUCAAGAUGUUUUCAACACAGUUGGAGCAGAUGCUAUUCAGCUCCCACAAAUUGUAGUUGUUGGAUCACAGAGCUCUGGUAAAAGCAGUGUCUUGGAGAGUCUGGUUGGCAAAAGCUUUCUGCCAAGAGGGGUUGGUAUUGUCACCAGACGUCCACUUGUAUUGCAGCUCAUGUAUACAACUAAUGAACACAAGGAAAAUCGCAAUCAAGCCAACAUUGAUCUGCUGGAAUGGGCCCAAUUCCUGCACAUGGACAAGAUAUUCUCAGACUUUGAUGAAGUUCGAGCUGAGAUAGAGAGAGAGACUAACCGAGGAGCUGGUGCAAACAAGGGCAUAUCACCCGAGCCCAUCAGAUUAAAAAUCUACUCAAACAAAGUGGUCAACUUGACGGUUGUUGAUUUACCAGGCCUCACAAAGGUGCCAGUAGGAGAUCAGCCAGAAGACAUUGAGCAGCAGGUGCACGAUCUGGUAUUGCAGUAUAUCGGCAACCCAAACUCUAUUAUCCUGGCAGUGUCGUCGGCCAACACUGACAUGGCCACUGCUGAGGCCCUCAAGAUGGCUAAGGAGGUCGACCCCGAUGGACGACGAACUUUAGCUGUCAUCACCAAACUUGAUCUCAUGGAUGCUGGAACUGAUGCCAUUGACUGUCUAUGUGGCCGAGUCAUUCCUGUUAAGCUGGGCAUCAUUGGCGUUGUUAACCGCUCUCAGCAAGACAUUAUAGAUAAUAAGAGUAUAGAAGAUGCAAUGAAGGAUGAGGCAGCCUUCCUGCAGCGCAAAUACCCAACCCUGGCAAACAGAAAUGGCACGCCAUACCUUGCUAAGACACUCAACCGCCUCCUCAUGCACCACAUCCGUGACUGUCUACCUGAGCUCAAGACGCGCGUGACAAUGAUGAUGUCACAGUUCCAGUCUCUGCUCAACAGCUAUGGCGAUGAUGUACAAGAUAAGGCUCAGACUUUACUGCAGAUCAUCACAAAGUUCAAUGCUGCUUAUUGCCAAACAGUUGAAGGAACGGCAAGGAACAUCGAAACAACUGAACUGUGUGGAGGAGCGCGAAUUUGUUAUAUUUUCCACGAGACGUUCGGGCGGACGCUGGACUGCAUCCACCCCCUGGCCGGCCUCACUCAAAUGGACAUCCUGACCGCCAUACGUAAUGCCACUGGGCCGCGACCAGCGCUGUUUGUGCCUGAGGUUUCAUUUGAGCUCCUGGUAAAGCGGCAGAUCAGGAGACUAGAGGAGCCGUCACAGCGCUGCGUGGAGCUGGUCCAUGAGGAGAUGCAGCGCAUCAUUCAGUUCUGUGGUACUGAGGUGCAGCAAGAAAUGCUACGCUUCCCAAAGGUCCAUGAGAAGAUCGUGGACGUCGUCACGCAGUUGUUACGACGAAGGCUGCCACCAACCAAUUCUAUGGUUGAAAAUUUAGUGCUGAUUGAACUAGCGUACAUCAACACGAAGCAUCCCGACUUUCGCUCCGAUGCAUCCAUUGUCUCUUCGCUGAUGACGUCAAUCAACAGCAGCAGCAACAACUACGGCGGCGAGGACGACAAGCGCGUCAUACCCGUCAGGCGCCAGCAGCAGCAGCAGCAACAACAAUAUUCUCAGCUUGAUGGAGAGAUCUACUCGAAGGGAGUUAGUGGUGGAAGCAACGCUCAGUCGCGGUCACUGACAGAAGGGAGCAGUCGGCAAUUGCCGCAGUAUCCCUUCGAGCAACAGCAGCAGCCCACGCCCACCCACCAGCUCUACAAUUCUGUUGGGAACGGGCAGGGCGGCAAUUGGCUGGCUUCUCUCAUCGCUGGGCCAAAGCCUGAUCCAGCCAUUGCUUCUGUGGACAGUCAGGAACAGUCCAGAGAACAGUCACCUGAACAUUCUGCUCAAAAUGUCCAGUCGCUAGCGCAGAACUCGGCAAGUGUUCGGCCGCUUGUGCCGCUCCUGCCACUGCACUCCAUGCCUGGUCUUAACUGUGCUGCUGGCCUCUUGUCGCCACAGAAGCCGGUCAACCUGCUGCCUGAGGUGCCCAACCACCCCAUCAGGAAGCUCACCGAACGGGAAACUAGGGACGUCGAUCUCAUUGAACGGCUCAUCAAAUCAUAUUUCUACAUUGUGCGCAAAAGCAUCCAAGACAAAGUCCCGAAAGCCGUGAUGCACUUCUUGGUGAACCACGUCAAGGACAACCUGCAGAGCGAGCUCGUGAAGCACCUCUACAGGCAGGACCAAAUCGACGACUUACUUUCCGAGAGUCCGGAGGUCGCACAGCGGCGCAAAGAAGCCGCCGAAAUGCUCAAGGCUCUGCAACACGCAAAUGUGAUUAUUGGCGAGAUCAGGGAAACGCACAUGUGGUGAAGAGACCGCGAAAAAUUGUUGGAAACGCACAUACUUUUUUGGGCUCAAUAGAUGAAAUCUAGACGGCAGUAUACAUGAGCAAGAUAAUGGAGAGCGUGAAGAAAAACUAUACCUUAUACGUGGGACGAGAAACUGAGAUUUGUGCCAUUGGUUUCAUAACGGUCACUCAUUGCGUUAUGAAACACUUAGUUCACUUUUUGCUUGGUAGCACUAGAUCUUCACUUCUGCAUGAUAUUUCUACUGUAUGUGGUUUUGAAAUUCAUAAUUACUUCCCCAUUUACGGACUAUUACUAUAAAUUACAUGAGCAAGUUCAUCGUUCACCUAGUUACUAUGCGUGUGCGCUAGGCACAAUGCAAAUACGCUUUCAUACAUACUAAGGAAGUACUUGAUAUCUCGUGUUCGUCUAGUCCUGUGUAGUUUCUGUAUAUUCUACUAGUGUCCUCAUUUGUUACCUAUGGGGCAUUUUAAUGCAACUUACUGUUUGAAGAUACCGACAAUGGCAACACAUUAAAUCAUUAUAUGAUGGCGAUAGCUUGCACCUGAGGCGAACAGAGGGCCGCUUCCACUCUGACCAUUACGAGUUCAAAUUCCUAAAUUUACUAUCCGUACAUCACGUGGAGAGCUGAAUGUGUUUUUCUUAACUAUUGUAUCAUCGUGUGAUCAUUAUAACUUGUUUAAUAUACAACCCACGUCGCAAAUGAUGAAUUAUAUAUUAUUACUGUUAUGAGUUGCCUUGAUAUUCUAUCAUGAACAUCUUUUCUAUUCCAGUCUUCUAUCAAUUUAUAAUAGAAAUUCAUUCUAAAUGAAGAUAUCAAAUAACGUUUAUCUUUUCCGGGCGCGUCACGAUGUUCUUUAUUUUGUUAGAACCCUUGUAACUAAUGUGAUUUGUUCUGAUAUUUUGCUUAGUGCUAGCGCUGUGGUUGUGCUAGGAGUAGAUAUUUUUAAAUUGUAGUUCUUGUACAGUUUGAGGUUGGAAUUAAAUACUCGCCUUUUAAUGCCUACCGACGAAUAAGUUCAAAACUUGCUUCGUGUUAAAAUGAAGACUUGCAUUUCUUCGCAAGCAAAUUACUAGUCUUUAUUCAGACCAUGUUAAAAAUUCUCUACCCAUCACCGUGUUUUUAAGAGUCUGCAUUUGAAAGAAUCUCUUGAUACAAACUUAUUUUGUUGUCUGAUAAUUGUUUUAACUCGAUCAGUCCCGAGCUCAGAUAUACAAUCUAGUCCACUUGGGAUUUUAAACAUAAUCAGCGUUUCUGUAUUUUCCAAUCGGGCUUUUCCCUUGGUAUGUAAACAAUUUAUUACUUCCAGCUAAGUUAUUCUGAUCUCGGUCAACCUGUAACCCACUUCUGUUGCUUAUAAAAUGAAAUUUAUAUUAAGCUGAAGUACGGUUUCCAUGAAGUAGGAAACAUUUGCACUAGGUUAUGAGGAUGCAUGACCCAUUACUGGGACAAAUUCCAAAUAUUGCUUAAUACCCACCUGAGUUUGUGAAUAAAUAGGUGUGUGAUUAAUGCAUCCUAGAUAAUGUUUGAUAUUCCUUUACAUUGAGCACUGCAGGAAAAGUAAACUGUGGCUCGAGUCUGACUUGUGUCUGCACUUGGCAGCAGAAAGAGCUUCUGAAUUGUGUAAUUCUCAAGUUUGACUAGCUUGAAAGUAAAUGAUGUUGCAUGGUAACGGAAAGCUUCA